UACUCAAGUUAACUUUGCUAUUUAAAUAUGUCAUUUAAAACAAUAGCCUCAACAAAUUAAAAGUGUCAGCCAGCAGUAAGAGAAGAGGCUGUGUGUGUCUGUUUCUCUUCACAUCGAUGUAGUGGGCCCUUCGACUUGACCUAAACACGUCAGCGCCCGAGAGUUUUGUUUCCUCUUUGCCGCAGCAUCCGUCGCCGAUAAAAACAAUUCUGAAGCGCAACGAAAGUGAAGAAUAUCCACGAACACACAUACCCACACCCACACGGUGAGAUAAGUGAAUAUCUUUCGAGCCAGAAACGAUACAACCAUAGCACCAAAUCGGAAGCUACUGUCAGCAGUUUAAGGACAGAACGAGAUCAAAAUCGGUACUCGAAAUGGCCCAAACAAACGUUGAUAUGGGCGGACACAUGCAAGUGCCGCCGCAAGAAGGUGGUGGCAGGUUCGCCUUUGAUCUGAACAGCCUGCCCAAACUGCAGAGCUUGCCCUCUCCGCUGGAGCUCAUUCAAUUGGUCCGCAGUUCCAUGCGCCCCUGGACAGUCUUCUUCAAUGUGCAGAACUUUAAGACGGCCGUCAGCAUGCAGCGCUUGACCGGGCGCCUGAAGCGCAAUCUCUCCUAUUUCCAGAGCAAUUACAUAUUCGUCUUCGUUGUGCUGAUGAUAUAUUGCCUCAUUACAUCGCCGCUUAUAUUGUUUGUGCUGGGGGGUGCCGCCUUGCUGUGCCACAGGCUGCGUGCACGCAACACAAACAUCACCGUGAUGGGCAACCAGUUGACGCCACGUCAACAGAUUAUUGCCGUGAAUCUGGGAGCGACGCCUUUGCUGUUUCUGGUGGGUGCGGGCGCAGUGUUAUUCUGGACACUGGGCGCCUCCUGCUUUGUCAUAGCCUCCCACGCGAUAUUCUACAACAUCGACGCUAUUGUGACGGAGGAGAACGAGGGCUUUCUAGCCGAAGUUGUCUGACCUCCAACCACACAACUUGAAUCUUGAGAGAAUCUUUGAUGCACAGAAGCAAAGAAUGUGCCGCAACGGGGCCUUAUUAGUGGAUAAACUGCAAUAUACGAUACACACCGACGUAUUUAUAACGAAUUUAAAUUAAUUUUCCCGUAGUCUAACCAUCGUAGACUAACAAUAAAACCAAACAAACACACACACACAAGA